GAUGUACUCAUAUGCUCCAUUAGGUGUCUCUUAUGCUUCUCCCUUAGCAACAUCAAUAGCAAGACCAUUGCCAGGUUAGAAAUGAUUCCAAUAACAUUUAGUUGGAUAUGCAGCCCCAGUGUCUUAUGCUGCUCCAGUUUCCUAUGCUGCUCCAGUUACCUAUGCUCCUCCAGUUUCUUAUGCUGCUCCAGUCUCUUAUGCAGCACCUUAAUACUCAUCAAUCAGAGGAGAAUCUAGAGUUGAAUAUGUGCCAUAUCAAAAACCAGUGGUAGAAUUAGAAGAAGAAGUCAGAACUGUUUAGGUAUUAAGAUGACAUAAAAAAUUAGGUUCCAAGAUAAAAGUGGGUUACAGAUUAUUACCCUGUAGAAUAUCAAAAGGAAUACGUUCCAUAAGUAUCUUAUGAGAAAUAAAUUGAUUAUGUUCCUGUUGAAAAAAAUGUUCCAAGAGUUGAUUAUUUAGAAUAUGAAAGAGAAGUAUAUUAAUUUUUUAAAUUUUAUUUUAGGUUAGAAGAGCUCCUCCUGCUCCAGUCUCUUAUGCAUCACCUCUUUCUUACAGCUAUGUAGCACCAGUAGCUCCAGUAAGAACAAGUGUUGUUGCACCAACAUAUGGUUAUGGUUAUGCUCCAUCUUACAGUUAUGCAGCACCAACAUUUGGAUAUGGAUCAGUUUACAGAUAUUGAU